GACAAACCCAUCACACUAAUCACUUAAUCUACACACACUUCUUGAACCAUGGCUCCAUCAAUCUCCAUGACCCCCUCAAACCCACUCGACAUUCUCGAUUUCGUGGUGAACAAAGGUCAUGGAGUUAAAGGCUUAGCAGACCUGGGGCUCAAGACACUACCACACCAAUACAUUCAACCACCACAAGAACGGUUUGAUCACACUAGCAAUGAAGAACUGAAUGAAGAUUCCAUCCCGGUUAUUGAUUUGUCCAACUCGGAUGACCCGAAAGUAGCAAAAGCGGUAUGUGAUGCAGCACAGAAAUGGGGAUUCUUUCAGAUAAUAAACCAUGGGAUCCCUAUUCAUGUUCUUGGAAAUGUCAAAGAUGCAACUCACAAGUUUUUUGAGUUGCCAGCUGAAGAAAAGAAGAAAUACUCGAAAGAACAAUCGGGUACCAAUAACGUUAGAUUUGGUACGAGUUUUACGCCUGAAGCCGAGAAAGCUCUGGAGUGGAAGGAUUAUCUCAGCCUGUUCUUUGUCUCGGAUGAUGAGGCUGCUUCCCUCUGGCCAGCCAUUUGCAGGAAUGAAGCUUUGGAAUAUAUAAGGAGUUCUGAAACGGUUGUCAAGAGGUUGCUCAAGAUCCUGAUGAAUGGGCUAAAUGUAAAAGACAUUGACUCAACUAAAGAAUCAAUUCUAAUGGGGUCCAAGAGGAUUAACCUUAACUACUAUCCCAAAUGUCCUAACCCUGAGCUUACUGUGGGUGUGGGGCGUCAUUCAGACGUGUCCACACUCACAAUACUACUUCAAGAUGACAUUGGCGGGCUUUACGUACGAAACACAAAAACUAUGGAAUGGGUUCAUGUCCCUCCGGUAAAUGGAUCUUUGGUGAUCAAUGUUGGAGAUGCACUUCAAAUCAUGAGUAACGGUAAGUACAAAAGUGUUGAGCAUCGCGUAACUGCAAAUGGAAAUGAUAGUAGGAUUUCAGUCCCGAUAUUCGUCAACCCAAGGCCUAGUGACAUUAUUGGACCUUUGGUAGAAAUGGUUGAGAGUGGGGAGAAACCGAUCUACAAACAUGUACUCUACUCGGAUUAUGUCAAGCAUUUUUUCAGAAAGGCACAUGAUGGGAAAGCCACAAUUGAUUUUGCAAAGGUGUAAAACAAUAUUAUACUAGUUUCUUGUUUCUGGUUUCUCAUUUAAGAAUAAAAGUUUCUUAAGUAGUAUAGGAAGGAUCAACCCAAAUGUUUUUUUUGGUUUGAAAUAAAAUUCUUUGUUGCGCAUUCAAAAAUUAAGUGUAGGAAGAAUCAAGCUUGUACAAGCCAACUUCAAUAUAUUAAUUCAAGAAAGUAAGAUUUCA